GAAAAAUAAUAGUAUGAUAUUUUUGAGUCCUGAUUACUACUAGUGACAUCGAAUGAUUACAAUUACUAAUAAGUAAUACCUAAAGCUUUCAUCACGCGUCUACUUAAACAUUGGUAAAUAUAUUAUACCCAUGUUAAUCAUUCUCUUAACUCAUAUAACGUCAGAAGAUCAAUGACAUCGAGCAGACACGUUAUCCCCUUUUUAUUCGCUUUUGUUAUUACACAAACUAAAAAAAGAAUGUCCCAUGAAAAAAAGCAAAGCCAAUAAAGAGAGUAAUACUAUAAUAAAAACAUGCAUAAAAAGAGGGACAAAUAAGUAGUGGAUUAAGGCAUCAAUUUCGUCUUAACACACACUUUUGAUUAAGUAACAAGACUCAGCGCCGUUAUCUUGGCGCCAUUCACGCUUCCGUCUUAUCUUUUGUCUCCUCUUUUUAAAUUCAAAAUCCCUUAAUCCCUAACCUAAUUUAACUAUGCAUUACCUAACUAAACCCAUAUAUGAACACAUUAUCUACUACAAUACAUCCAAUUUACCCGAAACUAGUAUGUUUAUAGUAACUAGUAACUGUAAAAAUAACAAACCUUCGGUUCAAUAUUUUACAAAAAGGGACAUUUUCACCAUUUUUAGGUAUGAAUGAAAUGAAACGUUAGUUGUUUUUCUAGAAUCUAUUUUGAUGUUAAAUGAAACUUUAAUACAGUUAAUGAAUGCACAUUAAUUUGAAAUAAGAUUGCUCAACGUAUUAACUCCUACGAAAAGAUUUGAUUCCAACAAAAUGCAAAUUACAUAGAUAUCACAAAACUGAAAACUCCUCGUCUUUUUAGAAAAAAAAGUCACACUUUUGCAUUUGGCAUUUGACUAUAACAGUAUAUUUUCGAGAAGACGCAAAGUCAUUACGUGCGUUUAUAUUUCGUUCCAUUCAUGUACCAAUACUACUACUUAGGAAAUAGGAGACUAUUAAGACUUUCUUGCUUCCCAAUGCCCCCACUAGUAGCAAAACCUAGUUUAAUUUAUUCCGUUUUUCAACACUUUAAGAAAAGAUUUAACAAUUGACAUAUAAGAAAAACGUAAAGAGGAAUCUGAAUGGAUAAACAAAGGUGAAACGACUAAAGUUUAACAAUAGACUAAAAAGAGGAUUUGGUUAAGCAAUAUUAAGGUAUCAACUAAAACCAUAAAAUAGUAAAAAAAGAGUAUUUAGAUUGGAGAAAUUAAGGUUACUUUGUUUAGGAGCAGCACGUUGAUAACCAAAAAGCCAUAAUUAACGCUUCCAUCAGCGCAGGAUCCUUCUCUCUUAUCUCUCUGUCUCUACCUCUCUGUAUAUAUAUGUAGACCUUCACGUAAUAGAUUCGUACCUCAAACCUCAAAAGCAAUUAAGUUCUGUGUUUGGACAAUGACUUCUCCUUUCUUCUUUGUUUUCCUUUUCUCGUCUCUUCUCAUAGGCAAUGUUGAUGCCAACCCAAAUUACAAAGAAGCUCUCUCCAAGUCAUUGCUUUUCUUCCAAGGUCAGCGAUCCGGUCCUCUUCCUAGAGGCCAACAACUCUCCUGGAGGGCUAGCUCCGGCCUUUCCGAUGGCUCUGCUGCUCAUGUGGACUUAACCGGUGGGUACUAUGACGCAGGAGACAACGUCAAGUUCAAUUUCCCAAUGGCGUUUACCACCACUAUGCUCUCAUGGAGCGCACUGGAAUACGGUAAGCGGAUGGGUCCUGAGCUGGAAAAUGCACGAGUGAACAUCCGUUGGGCCACAGAUUAUCUGCUGAAAUGUGCUAGAGCCACUCCCGGAAAGCUUUAUGUUGGGGUAGGAGAUCCUAAUGUUGAUCACAAAUGCUGGGAACGGCCUGAGGACAUGGACACACCUCGUACAGUUUACUCUGUAUCCCCUUCUAACCCUGGUUCUGAUGUCGCAGCUGAAACAGCAGCAGCUCUGGCUGCAGCGUCUAUGGUUUUCAGGAAAGUUGAUUCUAAGUAUUCACGUUUGCUGCUCGCAACAGCUAAGAAUGUGAUGCAGUUUGCCAUUCAGUACAGGGGAGCUUACAGUGAUUCCCUUUCUUCAUCCGUCUGUCCUUUCUACUGCUCCUACUCUGGUUACAAGGACGAGCUGAUGUGGGGUGCGUCAUGGCUGCUAAGAGCAACGAAUGACCCUUAUUACGCAAACUUCAUAAAAUCGUUAGGAGGUGGAGAUCAGCCUGACAUCUUCAGCUGGGACAAUAAAUAUGCUGGUGCCUAUGUUCUUCUGUCACGGAGAGCAUUACUUAACAAAGACAGCAACUUUGAACAAUACAAGCAAGCAGCUGAGAAUUUCAUCUGCAAAAUCCUUCCAGAUUCUCCUUCUUCCUCUACCCAAUACACUCAAGGAGGAUUAAUGUACAAGUUACCUCAAAGCAAUCUUCAAUACGUAACCUCAAUAACAUUCUUGCUCACAACUUAUGCCAAAUACAUGAAAUCCACAAAACACACAUUCAACUGCGGAAACUCCGUUAUCGUCCCCAACGCCUUGAUAAGCCUAUCGAAGCGACAAGUCGAUUACAUACUUGGAGAUAACCCAAUCAAAAUGUCGUACAUGGUUGGAUUCGGAUCCAAUUUCCCUAAGCGAAUCCACCACAGAGCAUCUUCGCUUCCUUCACACGCACUUCAUUCCCAUUCCUUAGGCUGCAAUGGCGGAUUCCAAUCAUUCUACACUCAAAACCCUAACCCUAACAUUCUCACAGGAGCAAUCGUAGGAGGUCCAAAUCAAAACGAUGGGUAUCCAGAUCAGAGAGACGAUUACAGCCACGCAGAACCGGCGACUUACAUCAACGCCGCGUUCGUCGGACCUUUGGCGUACUUCGCCGCCGGUCGUUCGGCUUGAAAUUGAUUCCGCCACCGCCACCGCCACGAUCUCCGAUGUGUAGUUCCAUUGUUAGUUAAAGAUCCGUUGGCUUAAGCCUAACGUGAAAAUCAGAAAAGGAAAAAGUAAUUUUAAUGUAAACCUCUUAAUGGGCUAAGACCCAAUAUUAAUGGACCCGGCAGAAAUAUUUCUCGUGGUCU